GACGGAAGCGGGACGGGCGCCGCCUCGGAAGAGGCCUUUAUUCAUCUCAAAGUUCAACUUAAAGCCUGGAAGCGGCGCCGUUGGAUGUCCUUCAUCGUUAGCGUCACCCUCGUGCUCGUCUUCGUCGUAAUCCUUAUGCUUUCCGGAGGUAAGUAAGCUAUUAGCCCUCCUAGACCGCGGUCACAACAUAGCAAUUAGUAGCAUGGGGAAAACGCGGUCGAAUUCACCCGCCACUUCUUCCGCUCGGCCUACCGACUCGGCUCUUGAUAAGGUUCUACCUCCUCGUAUCCGCGCCCAUCACUCCAUCCCAUUCUGCCCCUUUCACAUAUUCUCUAACCUCCCUCUCUCCUCUCUUAUUCCGCCCCUCGAGGCCCGCGUAGAAAUUGGUAUCUAAGACUGUCUAGUGUUGUCGCAUUCUCGACGGAAGCCGGAGAUGAGUUCGUCGCUGUGUCUGACGCCGGCCUGCAUCCACGCCGCAUCCGAGGUUCUGUACAACUUAUCCCCGGACUACCAGACGAUCGACCCGUGCACCAACUUCGACAAGCUUGUCUGUGAUGGCUUCAUCAACCGCCAUGACAUCCCGCCGGAUAGGUCUUCAUACUCUACGGGGACUAUCAUGUCCGAAAAUGGCCAAACUACCCUGAGGCAUAUCCUAGAGUCUCCCUAUCCGACUAAAUCCCAGCAUUCGUCGUUUUCGCCUCAGAAUUUCAUUAGUAUCGCUGCCUCUACGGACGAGGAGAACUUCCUGCUGAUACAGCAAGCCUACAAUUCAUGCUUGAAUGAGACAGCCUUGAAAAAAGUCGGCGUUGAGCCCCUAGUCAGUUUGAUCGAUCAGGUCACAGCAUCGUUCCCCGCCUCCGGAAGCGACGGUAAACUCGGGGAGGCCGAUUACGCCGCUCUCAGCAACACCAUCUUGCUCCUAGAGCGGGUCGGAGCAUCCUCGUUCGUGAGCCUCGGCGUUGGAGCUGAUGACAAGAACCCAGAUGUUGUGAUUAUCCAGGCGUCGCCAGCAGGACUUUCGUUACCUUCACCAGAGUACUAUCAAGACGAUGACACCGUGGGCGCGUUUCAAACUAUGCUCGGAGACGUGUUUGCUAAUCUCCUCCCCAAAACCGCCUCGAAAGCAUCAGCUGAAGAGCUUGCACAAUCCGUCGUCGAUCUUGAGAAGAAGAUCGCGGGGAUCACACCACCUCCUGGGGACCAGUCGGAUGUCACAAAAUAUUAUAACAUUGUCAAGGUAGACGAUGUUGGCAAGAUCGGUCCCGCACUUGGGCUAGACUCGGUUCUCAGGUCAUUGGCUCCCGAGACUUACACCGUUGACAGUAUCCUGCUAGCAUUCCCAGAGUUCCUGGGAAAUCUCUCUCAAAUCCUUAAAGAAACAUCGAAGUCUACCAUACAAGGCUACCUAGCCUGGCAAGUAAUUGACGCAUAUUCCUCCUAUAUUGACAGUCCGGAGAUCCAGCCAAUUCUUCGCUUUCAAAACACCCUCUCUGGAAAGGACCCCGAAACAAAGGCCGAGCGAUGGAAGACCUGCGUUGGCUACGUCGAUAGCACGCUCGGCUGGAUACUUAGCCGGUUCUACAUCGAAGCGGCCUUCUCGGACGAUGCCAAGAUAUACGGCGAUCAGAUCAUCACGGACAUCAAAAAACAGUUCAUCCUGAAAUUGAAUGAUCUAGAGUGGAUGGACGACUCGGUCAAGAAAUUGGCCGUGAACAAGGUGAACAACAUCGACCAGAAGAUCGGCUUUCCGACGACCUCGCCGAAUAUAACGGAUCCGCAGGCGUUGAAGGCUUACUACAGCGGUCUUACGAUUUCUAACUCUUUCUUUAAUAACACGUUGUCGAGCAACUCGCGCGAGGUCAAUAGGACAUGGUCCGCCCUCGGCAAGCCUGUCGACCACGGGGAGUGGGGUAUGCAGGCGGACAUCGUCAACGCCUACUACAACCCGGUGGGGAACGAGAUCGUGUUCCCGGCGGGCAUCAUGCAGUUCCCGGUGUUCGAGCUGGCGCUGCCCAGCUACGUGUCGUACGGGGCGUUCGCGUCGGUCGCGGGCCACGAACUGUCGCACGCGUUCGACAACUCGGGGCGGCACUACGAUGAGCACGGCAACUUCACGGACUGGUGGACGGAGGACACGGUCCGCGCGUUCGAGGCGCGCGCCGACUGCUUCGCGCGACAGUACGGCGAGUUCGCGGUCGAGGGCCCCGACGGCCGGCCGCUGCACGUCAACGGGCGGCUCACGCUGGGCGAGAACAUCGCGGACGCAGGGGGCGUGGCGGCGGCGUUCGCGGCGUGGCGGCAGCGGCAGCUCGCGGCAGCGGGGCCGGGGGCGCGCGACCAGGGCCUGCCCGGCCUCGAGUUCUUCACCCACGAGCAGCUCUUCUUCGUCUUCUACGCCAACUGGUGGUGCGGCAAGGCGCGGCGCGAGCACGCGGUGCAGGCCAUCUACACGGACCCGCACGCGCCGGCGUUCGCGCGCGUGCUCGGCACCACGGCCAACUCGCGCGCCUUCCGCGAGAGCUUCGGGUGCCCCGUCAAGGAGCCGACGUGCGAGCUGUGGUGAUCGGACCUGUACACAUAACGUGCGGCCGAUGGUUGGCUAGCUGUCUAGAUUGGGAUUGCUUCGACAGCGGGCCGAGUCCGUUGGGUAACGCCGUCUUUUGUGGUUG